AUGAGGUUACAGCCUUACCAACAGCAAUUCCAGGCACAGAGGAGGAAUGUCAAGCUGUCACCACGAUUUUACGGCCCAUACCAAGUCACAGAGAGGAUUAGGGAGGUCGCGUAUUGUCUAGGGCUUCCCAAGUCAGCCCAAAUUCACCCCAUGUUCCAUGUUAGCUUGCUGAAGAAGAAGGUUGGGCAUCUGGUUCAAACGAUCCCCACAUUGCUACCAGUAGACACCUUAGGGAUUCUGAAACUCAAGCCCAAAGCCAUUUUAGACAGGAGGCUCAGGAAGAAAAGGAGUUUCCCUGUAGUAAAGAUGAUGGUUAGAUGGCAGGGGCAAAGGGAUGAAGACACCACUUGGGAAGGGUUUCAUUAG